AAGGACGAAUGUAAUAUGUUUGUUGUUGCAGAUAUCCCCGAAGCUUACAUUCGGUUAGGAGCAUCUUUAGAUGCUAACGCUUUACGUGAAGGAACUGAUGUUUACUUUGACUGUUUCGUGGUUGCUCACCCUCCUGUGUUUAGGAUUGAAUGGAGGCAUAACGAAAUACCAUUGGUUCACAAUAUUUCCCAAGGAGUUGUUAUAAGUAACUAUUCAUUGGUUUUGCAAGGCGUAACAAGGGAUACGGCUGGCAAUUAUACUUGUGUCGGCUUUAAUGCUGAGGGGGAAGGUAUCAGUGUACCCUUCCCUUUGAAUAUACUGUACGCUCCAACUUGUGCUCAGAACCAGCCGAAAGUUUAUGGUGUUGCAAAACAGGAAGAAGCACAAAUAAAGUGCGUCGUUGACGCCAAUCCGCAUGAAGUAGAUUUCAGUUGGACCUUUAACAACUCUGCAGAGAACGUUGAUGUUGCGACAAAUCAUAUAUAUCGCAUGGGUACCACAUCGAUUUUAACGUAUACUCCAUUUACUGAACUGGACUAUGGUACACUACUUUGUGUUGCCACAAAUAAGAUUGGCAGACAGCGAGUCCCAUGCAUAUUUCAUAUAAUUGCAGCAGGUCGACCCGACCAGGUGCAUAACUGUACAUUAUUGAAUAUAUCAAUGACAUCUUUAACGAUAACUUGUAGUGAUGGUUUUAAUGGCGGCUUAUCACAACUGUUUAUAUUGGAGCUACAGGACGCUAAUAGCAAAGAAAUCAAAGCAAAUAUCACAUCAGCUGUGCCUAGAUUUACAGUUUCUGGACUCGUUCCUGGCAAUACAUAUGUGUUAUCAAUUUCCGCAUAUAAUUCUAAAGGUCGAUCUGAUCCAACAAUAGUUAACGCUGCAAUGCUCAGAAUGCCUGAAAAACAGCUAACAUUUGAACAAACCGACACACCCCGAGCAGAAUUGUUGUUUUCACCAAUGGUAUCGUUAACAAUUGGAUUGACUUUAGCACUUUUCAUUGCAACAUUUGCCAUUAUACUCGCUCUCCGAAUUCCAUGCGCCGCAACUUCAAGAAGGCGACAGAAAGCUGCAUCUAUCGGCAUUGAGUCUAGAGAUGAUUCUCCGGUUCCGAGCGAUCAGAGCGUUAGUAAAGAUAUCGAUGAAACCGAUGAAAGAAACCCAGACGUAGUUCCCGAAUUGAAUGAUUAUGAUGAACAAAGAGAAUGUGCCCGAAAAAGACAGCUUAUAUCUACAAUCGAUACCACUAUCAGCAAUCGCGGAAAUAUAUUGGUUAAUACCCCUCUGGAACAGAAUGUUGAUACGACAGAGAGGGCUUUUUGUGCGGCCCAUAAAAUUGGUUUUUGUACUUUGCGCAACGAAAGGGAACCCCAUCACAUACAACCGAUACCAGCAGUGAAUGCGACUCCACAUGUUUAUUCGAAUGUUAUUGCUCAAUGCACGCUUCCCCGACAUUCGUAUCGAAAUAAUUGGCCUGGAUAUAAAAGCAACUAUGCAGUGCAUUCAAAAUUUUAUCAAAUUUCGACUUCAUCAGAAAAUUCCGAUAUGCAUCUGACUCGAGAAUCGACGGAGGAAUAUGCAGGCUCAUCGUCAUCAGUAUCCAACAGUUCUAUAAUUUCAACGUCCAAAGCUUUUGCUCAACCUCAUAAUCGAACCAUAGCGUUACACCACAUAACGCAGGCCCAGCCCAGCAGUGUUAGUGUUGACACAUCAAGCAAUGUUUUUAACUCUAUUGAACAGAUCCAAUCCGAAGAUGAAGUUACCGUCCAAACUCCAUUAAUGAUAAAACGAGAUAGCUCUGUAUGACUAUAGAAUUUCCACGGAGCUUAUGAACAGGCUCUGUGAUUAUAAAUAAUAAUUCAUUUUAAUAAAAAUACUACAUUCAUAGAGUAGAUAUGUUGUAUCGCGAAAUUUUACAAUACAUUUUCAAAAAUAUUGCAACAACUAAAAUAUCCCCAAAAGAGUUUUGCAAAUUUCCUAUUAAUAUUUUUUAAGUAAUGAUUUAAUCAUAAUACAU